AUGACCAAUCACAAGGACUGUUCGGGUUUUGGAAUAUCGAAAGCUGAAUGGAACGUGGCGACCGACCGUUCCUGUUCCACGACAAUAGGUCGCCAAUUGAUGCGGGUCAUAUCUUUCGAUAUUUGCAGUGCGUUUGAGAUUGCGUUAGAGUAUGACGGAUUUAAUGCGCAGCACUGUACUGGGUUGAUGACCAGUACCACAACGCCUUUGGGAUGGCAAACCUUGUUUCCACCACUAGCUGGAGGCUUCGUAUGCAGAUCUGAAGACGAUAUUUUGGUGAGAUCGAUAAGCUGCUUUCGUUACGAGAAGGCACGCUUCCUCCACCCCACUUUGCGGCCUCUGUAUUUCAACUCGUAA